AUGUGGUCUGUCCUGGCCUUGCUGCUUGCCCUCUCUGGUGGAGCCAUGUCUCUGGACAAACUGAACAUGUGUAUGGAUGCAAAACAUCACAAAACAGAGCCUGGCCCUGAGGGACAACUGUACCAGCAGUGCUCUCCAUGGCGAGAUAAUGCAUGCUGCACAGCCAACACCUCUGCAGAAGCCCAUGACGAUGCCUCCUAUCUCUACAACUUCAACUGGAAUCACUGUGGUAUUAUGAGCAAGGAGUGCAAAAAACAUUUCAUCCAGGACACUUGUUUUUAUGAGUGCUCACCACACUUGGGACCUUGGAUACAACCGGUGGAUCAGAGCUGGCGUAAGGAGCGCAUCUUAGAUGUGCCUUUAUGUAAGGAGGACUGUGAAACCUGGUGGGAAGACUGCAAGAAUGAUUUCACCUGCAAAACUAACUGGCACAAGGGAUGGGACUGGAGCUCAGGUAUCAACAAAUGCCCUGAAGGUAGCAAGUGCAGUAAGUGGACUGAUGUUUUCCCCACACCCAAAUCCAUGUGUGAAGAAAUCUGGUCCAACUCUUACAUCUAUACCACAUACACCAAAACCUCUGGGAAAUGCAUGCAGCUCUGGUUCACCGGCACAAACCCCAACAAGAAGGUUGCUGAGUACUACCUCAACAAUGGGCAGCAACAGCAAAGCUCUGCUCUGUCAACACUGCUCUUCCUGGCUGUCACAUCUCUCUCUGUAAUGAUUCAUUAA